CCAGGGGGAUAACCAGUGCCCUGAUAAAAAAAAGAAAGUUCUCCCGAACAGUUCUAUUAUUUUUGUAUUAUAUUUCCCCUUAAUUUAAAAAUUAGUUGUCAAGAAAAAAAAUAUUAAUCAUGAAGACGUUCAUCGUUGUUGCCGCUGUCCUCGUAGCUGGGUCAAGUGCACAGGAUUCAUUCAAAUGUCCGGAUGACUUUGGAUUCUACCCCCAUCACAUAUCAUGCGACAAAUACUGGAAAUGUGACAACAACGUGGCUGAGCUCAAGACUUGCGGCAAUGGUCUGGCAUUUGACGCAUCAGACUCAAAAUUUUUGACUGAAAAUUGUGAUUACAUUCACAAUGUUGAGUGCGGCGAGAGGACGCAGUUGGAGCCACCGAUUUCUACUCCACACUGUGAACGGCUCUAUGGGAUUUUCGCUGAUGAUAAGAAAUGUGACACGUUCUGGAACUGCUGGAACGGCGAGGCCUCCAGGUAUCAGUGCAGCCCUGGACUUGCGUACGACAGGGAGGCGCGGGUUUGCAUGUGGGCGGAUCAAGUGCCAGAAUGCAGAAAUGAAGAAGUAGCCGGAGGUUUCAGUUGUCCCGCAGCCGGUGAAGUGGCGGGAGCAUCCGGAAGUUUCUCCCGUCACGCUCACCCAGACGACUGCAGAAAGUACUACAUCUGUCUCGAGGGAAUAGCGCGUGAAUACGGUUGCCCGAUCGGCACGGUCUUCAAGAUCGGCGACUCUGACGGCAGUGGCGCCUGCGAAGACCCCGAAGACGUUCCCGGAUGCGAGGAUUACUACGGCGAUGUGGACCUGAAGGCGCUGCGCAAACUUGGCUACAGGAAGUAAUGACAGCGAUAGAAUAAAAAAAAGAGAAAAUAAUAAUCAACACGAUGGAGAUAAGUCUCAUCGGGAACGACGGCAGAUAACGAAUCGAGAGAGAAAUGGUUUUCGUGGAUAUAAAUCACUGCUUCGUGUGUGGAUUAUCAGUCACGCUCUCUAAUUCACCUGAGAAGCGUUUUUUUUCGGUUAUUUCGUUCAGUGGUGAAGUGGUAAGACGAGAAAAUUCAAUUUCUCCCGGACUUCACAUUUUAUUUUUUAGUGAAUAUCUUAGAUAUUUAUGGGAGAUGAUAAUAUUUUCAUGAGUGAACUUUUAUCUCUUUUUAAUUUAGAGAUGUUCACGGAAAAAUUGUUUCAAUUUUACCAAUUCAUUAGUGUGAAAUUCUAAAACAAAUUAAAUUAAAAUAUUUUCUUCUUUUGUAUUGUGCCUUUAUAUUGUAGUCGUGUAAAUAAAUGAAAAUAUAAUUUAGAAA